UCACAACUAGCAAAGCAUAUCAUCACCUAGCUAGGAAUUUGAAGCUUUUCAUAACACAAAAAUCAGUUUCCAAAUCAUGUCAACUACUACUGCAGCAGCCAUGACUCGGGUUGGCACUGUUUUAGCCAUCGUUUUUUUACUUUCUGGUAUAGCAUAUGCAGCAGCCUCGAAUACAUGUUCUAGUUAUGGAGGGAUGAGUGAAAAUGAUAAUGCAACUUCAUGCUCCGACGUUAUCACCAAGCUUACACCCUGCCUGCCUUUCGUACAAGGAAAGGAGGACAAGCCAUCCACGCAGUGUUGUGGAGGUGCUAAGGAGGUGGUUACCGCCGCCAAAUCCAAACAAGAUCGACAAGCUAUAUGCGAGUGCAUUAAGACAGCAGGAUCAUCGGCCGGCAAAAUCGAGCCUUCUCGCAUUACUCAACUUGUCAAGGAUUGUGGUCUCAAAAUCAACCUCCCUCCUAUUAGCAGUCACACAGACUGCUCUAAGGUAUCUUUCUAUCAUGAAGGGUGAUCAUAAUUAAAUCCACUAGGAGA